CUUCAACGAUAAAACUUGCUCAGCGAUGGCUUCCCUUCCACAUUCGACCAAUCGAUCAUGGGAGGUCCUUUUAUCUUUUCCGCUGGAAAUCAUACACAUGAUCUUCAACUACGUGUUGGUCGAUGAGCUCUACGCGGAUAAAUCCAUCAAGACAUCAUUAUCGUGUCGGGUGAUUCCCUUCAGUCGAAUCGUUCGCUACACAAAAGGCCUCCGCGGAGCAUGCGCUUUCUGGGCGGAUGCCCUACGUGUCCUUGUUUUCAGGGGCAGGUCAACACGAUAUGGAUGUCUCCUCGAGAUUAAGCGGCUGUUCACUGCAAAGGAAGCCGAAACCUUUCCCAUGUUACGGGACUGCAUGGUCGAGCUAUGCCAUCCGUACAACCUCCAUGAGAUCCAUGCUCUCCAACUUCAGUUAUCCAAUAGCACACACAGCCUGGACUACGUGUGUGCCAUCAAAUGGGAUGUCGACGAGCCCAUGGACAUGAUGCUAGGCAAAACGAGUGGCAUGGGCUACGACCGCCAGGCUAGACCAUUAAUCAAUACAUUUGUCGACGAGUGCCUGGCAGCUGGAUUGAAGGUUGCCGAUACCAGCGGGAAGCGUCCCAACGGGGGAGACCACACCGACAGCGAGGGACUGAGAAGCGCUGGCCUAGGCGCGAUGAAGCAAUUCUUCUUCAAAGAGACUCUAGCCCUCUGGUUCUACAACGCGCAGAUCGUGCGCCAGAUUCUUGGCGCGUUCCCGAACCUGCAAUAUGCCGUGGUCCCGGACUUCUUGCAUAUCCCCCUUCUGUCGAAAAUGAAGUACUUCUUCCCGCAGUCCACGGAUGACGACUCCCCCUUUGCACCAAUCAGCCUCUCCCCACCGCAGAUGCUGCAGAACAUCGGGAUAACCUACAAAGAGGGUGGCAGAAGCUACUCUGAUAUUAUGGCAUCCAUGAAAGUGGUCUGGGUUUCUUCCAUGCACUAUCCUGCGCCUCUCGGCCUAUUCCCCGAGCGCUUCCGACGGCUGCAUUUGGAUUUUGGACCCUUUAUGAUAUUUAACCAGUGGACUACUCGCCGGGGUGAGCGCGAUUUUGGCGAUGACGUGUUACGUAUGCUACGAGAGCAGAUGGCGGCUGCGCUUGUGGACAUACCGGAGAAGAGGAAGCCCACGCUUUUUUCUAUCGACGACCUCCAAGAUGCUUUGAAGGAUGCUUGAAAGAUGGGGGCUGAGUCAGGGUACUUAAAAAGCAGAGCAAUAGUGGAAGUACCGGAGAUAAAAAGACUCGAUUUCUUUGAAUAAGUAGGCGAAAGAGUGAUUGAAUUACGUGACGAAUAACUUUACAUAUAGAGUCUACUUGAGGUUGUUCGCUUUGUAAUCCAUUGGUAAUUCUACACCCAAUGCGCGAUUUCAUCCAUGAAAACUAAACCCUGAU